UUUUACUCUUAUAAAAUUGGUAGUCGGUCAGGCUAUAUAGACCCUGUGAAAUGAAGCUUUUGAGUGUGUAUAUCAUCGCUUUGCUUUCUGUAUGUCCACCUACCAUGAUGAGUAUAAAUAAUAAAGUAUGUGAUACAGAAUUGGCGUUAUCCAUGAAACAUUGUUUCCGAACAUGCUUACGAUAUAGUAAAAGACUUAGUGCAGAUAAUGACUUGAAGGCCAUGAGGCUACUGUGCAUGGCAGAUCAAACUUCCAAGCUUGCUGCAAAGCAAUGUCUUCUUAAAGAAUUUUCAAAAACAAAAUUUGAUAAAUGUCCUGUUAUCAAAACAUAUAUCAAUUCAGUUGAUCGGCUUUUUAAAUAGCAUUAAUGAUACGCAACCUACCAGCGUUAACUAAAAAAUUAUUUCAACAUCAUCAAAAACAAAUUGUCUGUAUAAUACCGUAGGAGUUUUUAACAUAUUUGAACAAUAUAUGAAAUACGGAUUUUCAAAAUGAGAAUAUGAUUAUUUCUCACCAUUUCAGUUAAACAAACCAAUAAAACCUUAUAAUAAAUCUGUCUUGUUUCAA